CCACGAUUUUGCACGAUUCCCGGCAUUCCCGGCCAACAGGACUGCCGAUCUAAGGUGCACACUAUUAACCAACCAAGUCGAUAUCAGCCCCUGACCAUGGCCUCGCUCAGCUCUCAACACCGCGUCGGAUCUCUGGCCGUUUUUGUUUGUCUCGCCGUCCUGCAGAUAUUAUCCGGAAGCUUUACCUUGGCCGUGGCGGCUCCCAGAGAUACCCCGCCCAACACCAACGGCACAAUCGACACGAGAGACGUGCUUCUGGCCCGUGAUGCCAUAGCCGACUCGUACAGCGAAGGCACCCUACGCGGAUCGCUCAUUCUCUUCAACGGCCGCAUCUCGACCCUCGACGCGCAAAACACCGUCGCCAGCGUGCUCGCCAUCAAAGAUGCCAAGAUCGUGUACGUGGGCGACAGCGUGGCCGCCGCGCUGCACCAGGGCUCCUUCGGCUCCAACCUGCCGCGGCAGAUCAACCUGCGCGGCCGCGUCGCUGUGCCGGGCCUCAUCGAUAGCCACAACCACCUCGUCCUCCUUAGCAACAGGCCCGGCUAUCACACGCCGCUCGAGAACGUGUACAGCAUCGCCGACGUGCAGGCCGCGUACCGGCAGCGCGCGGCCGCCGGUGCCGUGCCCGCCGGCGCCUUCAUCACCUCCAUCGGCGGCUUCCACUUCAACCAGUUCCGCGAGCGCCGCCUCCCCACGCUCGCCGAGCUCGACGCCGCGGCACCCGACAAUCCCGCCUUCCUCAUGGUCGGCUUCUCGGGGCCGUGUGCCACCAACACCGCCGGCAAGGCCUUCCUCGCGGGGCUCCCAGGCAGCGCGUCUGUCAGCGUCGCGAGCAACGGGUCCAUCGCCGUGGGCGCCGAGAGCGGCAAGGCCCUGCAGGCGCUGCGGGCGCAGCUGACGUUUGCGGACCGCGAGCGCAGCGCGCGCGACGCCAUGGCGUACGCCGCGAGCGUCGGGCUCACGACGCACCUC